AUGGCAUCUACUGCAGUUGAUCAUCCUGAGGGAGUGGAUGAGACCAUCCUGACUCUUCGCAAAGUUCUUGUCAAUGAGUCUGAGCCGCUUGCUCGCCGAUUCCGCGCCCUGUUCUCCUUGAAAUACAUUGCUUGUUUGCACCCGCCGACCGAGAAGACACUGCCUGCGAUCCAGGCCAUCGCAGCGGGAUUUACAUCGUCAUCGGCCUUGCUGAAGCAUGAGCUCGCAUACUGCCUGGGUCAGACUCGUAAUCCAGAUGCAGUCUCGUACUUGCUGGAAGUGGUGAAGAACACUGAACAAGAUGCAAUGUGUCGCCAUGAAGCCGCAGAGGGUCUUGGUGCUCUGGGGUUUGACACCAGUCUGGAUGUCUUGAAAGCUUUGCGGGAUGAUGAAAAAGAAGAGGAUGUCAUUAGAGAGACAUGUGAUAUCGCCGUCGACAGAAUUCUCUGGGAGAAUUCGGAAGAGAGGAAGAGCGAGAAACUGAAGCCUAGCCCCACCACUCCCAAUGGCGUCCAGCAGCCUUCUAUUUCCGACUUGGAAAAAACAUUGCUCGACACAAAGCUCCCUUUGUUCCAAAGAUACCGCGCUAUGUUUGCUCUGCGCGACCUUGCCUCGCCCCCCGAUCUUCCUACAGCUGUCGAAGCUGUUGAAGCAUUGGCUAAAGGACUCAAGGAUCCGUCUGCUCUCUUCCGCCAUGAAGUUGCCUUUGUGUUCGGUCAGCUCUGCCACCCGGCCUCUGUUCCUAGUCUCACAGAAACCCUCAGCGACCAGAAAGAAAUGGGCAUGGUAAGACACGAGGCUGCUGAGGCUCUUGGUAGCUUGGGUGAUGUUGAAGGUGUGGAGGACACCCUAAAGAAGUUCCUCAACGACCCAGAGCAGGUGGUGAGAGACAGCAUUAUCGUGGCUCUAGAUAUGGCGGAGUAUGAGAAGAACGGGGAGAUGGAGUAUGCGUUGGUGCCGGAUUCAGCAGCCCCGGCUGCUGUAUCUGCUGCUUGA